AAAUAUUCAACUUACAACUUAGAGCAGUGGAAUUCAGAUGGAGGGAGUUUCUGUGUCUGUCCAGCUCUUGAACCUGGCGUAUAUCAUUUCGUUUUUCGCAUUGACAAGGGGGAACAGAAGGAAUUGACAAUUUCUGAUUAUUACGACAGAACAUUUCUUGGUAGUGGCCGUGCUGUUAAUUACAUCGAAGUUUGGGAUAACAAGAAAAAUUUAAUACGAGGAGAUGAGAACUCAUACAAUGUGAAUUCAGUCAAGGGUGAGAAAAGUCAGUCCACCAGAAUGUGUAAGAGCAAAGAUUCACACUGCAAGCAAGACCAAAACAGCAGCUCAUGUGUUUUGCUGUAACAAACAUUUACUCAUCAUGAAAAACUUACUUCAUAUAUAAAAUACAAUCAGGGUGUGUCCCCUAAUCCAUUACUCCAUCGUGCACCUCUAAAAGGAGUGGUAGAUUCACUUUUUUCACAAAAAAUAUGAUGGGUAAGAGGGAAAAUAAUAUUUUUAUAACCUUUUGAAUAUAUUUCCUUUGUCAGAAAAAAAACAGAAUUACACACUAGUAAUUUGUCAUGACAUAUACAAUAAAAUACAAGAUAAAAUAG